CAAGGAGUUUGUCUGUUCCUUUUAUUGAAUAUUUUCGGGUAAAAGCAUGAUUUAAACAGAUUCAAAAAAUACAACCCGGGAGUGGGCGGGAACGGGACAGGAUUUUUUUUCGGGAGUGGGACGGGACAUAUUUUAAAGUCCACUCCAGUGUCACCCUAAUACGAAGCUGUGACGUAGUUGGGUAUCUUUUCAGGAAACAAAAGUGAAGCUGAUCUCUCUCUGCAUUACAACCGCGUGCAAGAGAUGUUUUUUCACAGCAGCAAAAUGGCAGAAUCUUCUGAUGAACAAAAUCCAUUAAACUGUCCUAUCUGUCUUCACCUUCUGAAGAAUCCAGUUAGUACAUCAUGCGGCCACAGUUUCUGUAUGGACUGUAUUAAUGAGUGUUGGGAUAGGGACGAUCAGAAAGGCGUUUACAGCUGCCCCCAGUGCAGGCAGACAUUCAGCCCAAGACCAGUUCUCAGCAGAAACACUGUGCUGGCUGAAGUUGUGGAGAGAAUGAAGAGAAAAGAACCAGAAGCAGGAACAGCCUCUCCUGUCCUGAGUUUUGCUGUGUCUGGAGACGUGGAGUGUGACAUCUGCACUGAGACCAAACUAAAAGCCAUCAAGUCUUGUCUGGUGUGUUUGGCUUCUUACUGUGAAUCUCACAUCAAAACUCAUUAUACAUCCCCUGCAUUAAAAUGGCACAAACUAGCCAAUGCCUCUCCACUUCUACUGGACCAGAUCUGCUCCCAACAUCAUAAACCACUUGAGCUGUAUUGUUCCCAAGAUCAGCAGUUAAUAUGUGUUCAGUGCGCUUUGAUCAACCACCAGAACCAUAACAUGACUUCACCUGCAGCAGAAAGACAAAAAAUACAGGGGCGGUUGCAGGAAAAUCAAGAUGGCCUGCAAGGAGAAAUACAUCAGCGAGAGUUGAAGGUGCAGGAAUUAAGAGAAGCUGUGGACUCUCAUAAGCACUCUGCAGAAGCAGCCGUGGAGCACAACGAGAAGGUGUUCACAGAGCUGAUCAGCUCAAUGGAGAAAAGACGAGUCAAGAUAACAGACAUGAUCAGAGCUCAGGAGAAAUCAGAAGUAAGCAGAGUUGAGGACCUCAUACUAACACUGGAGCAGGAGAUCAGUGAUCUGAGGAAGAAGCAUGCUGAACUGGGGCAGCUUUCCCUGAUAGAGGAUGACAUCUAUGUGAUUCAGAAUUUCUUAUCUGUUUCCCGAUACCAAUGUUCGAAUUUGGGUGGCAUCUCCAUCAGCCAACAUCUGACAUUUGAAGAAAUAGAAACAGUUGUCAGUGAGCUGAAAAGCCAGCUGGAUGACCUCUGUGAACAAGACAUUGCGUGGAUAUCAGAGAAAGUUCCAACUAUCCAUAUAAUGGUGAAAAAUGAAAAGAUCGCCACAUAUUUGCCAUCUAAACCCAAGACCAGAGAAGAAUUCCUUAUAUAUUUCUCUGACCUGAAUCUGAAUCGCUCAUCAGCCUGUACUCAGCUCUCUGUAAAUAAUAACAAGUCCGUGUCAAGGCGUGAUGUUCAGCAAAGCUCAGAUUCAUUGAAUUUUAUUUAUAACUAUAAACGUACAUACCAGGUGUUGUGUAAUGAAAGGCUAUCUGGACGCUGUUAUUUUGAAGUUCAGUGGGGAGGAACAGGUUGCUCUAUUGCAUUCUCAUAUGACCAGAUUACUAAAGGUGGAGGAACAUUUAUCUUUGGGUCUAACAACAGAUCCUGGAAAUUUAACUUUCCAACAGCUAAUCUUUGUGUAAUGAAUAAUGGCCAAGAGACCAACAUUAGCUUGGUCUCUCAAAUUGGAGUGUUUCUUGACCAAGAAGCAGGAACUGUGUCCUUUUACAAUGUCUCUGAUAAAAUGACCCUCCUGCACAGAAUCCAGACCACAUUUUCUCAACCCCUCUAUACUGGGUUUUCAUUUAAGGGCUGGAAAAAUUACUCAUCAGUGACUAUUUGUGAUUUGCCAACAAACAUUACAUUGUGACUGCACAUGGGUCUAUCACAAAUGGACACUAAUGCAAGGCAAAAUAAGUCAUUUUAAUAAACAAGUUUUAUAGUGUGAUUUCAAAAUAUAUUUCUAAUGCUAAUGGUCACAUUCUAUGCCUUGUCAUACUACUUUGUUACAGCAUUAUCUUUAUGUUAAUUGCAUCAUAGAAAAAGGCUGAAUUAAUCUAUUAAUUAAUAGCUUUCAAAC